AUAUUUUUAAUUUUUAUCCAAAUUCCAAACCUACUCUCAGGUCUUAAGUCUUAACUCUAUUUUUCAUGCCUUGUUGAAUGUCGAACGCGGCGAGAUAAGAAUUUAGAACUUUUCGAGUUAACAUUAGUUUGAGUUACAUAAAACCGAGAACGUUUCUUUUGUAUAUGUUACGUGUUUAAAUUGAUCCGCUGAAAUAUUUGUAAAUGUGCCAUAUUAAAAUGAAUUUCGUAGUGGAGUGAUUAUUUCACGAAGUUCGCCAUUGUCGUUCAAUUGUGACUAGAUUUAUUAUUUUUUUAUAAUAUUUUUAAUAAUAAUUAUAAUAUACUCAAGUGUUAUUUCUGUGUGGUUAACGGAUUCUAAAUUUUGAAAAAAGUCUACGACAGAACCUUUACAGGCAAAUUAAUUGUUGAAUGCUGGAACUCUACGUACGAAGAGGAUCCGCGCCGCCAAGCCGCCACAUUUCAAGGCGGCGCGGCUGAUAAGCCAUAGGUGUGAAUGUGCUCUGGAGUCAAACGGAGGAACAAAAGAGUGGCGGGCGCGGCUCAAUAAUGGACGACGGGGGCAGCAAUAAGCAGCGACAAGCGACACGAGUCUUCAAGAAGAGUUCGCCUAAUGGAAAGAUCACAGUAUAUUUAGGGAAAAGAGACUUCGUUGAUCACAUCACACAUGUCGACCCAAUUGAUGGAGUGGUCCUAAUCGACCCUGAGUACGUGAAGGAUAGGAAGGUGUUUGGUCACGUGCUGGCGGCGUUCCGGUACGGUAGAGAGGACCUUGAUGUGCUAGGUCUCACCUUCAGGAAGGAUCUUUACUUAGCUGCUGAACAGAUCUACCCACCGACGAACGUACAAAAGCGUCCAUUAACGCGACUGCAAGAACGUUUAGUACGCAAGCUGGGUCCGUCUGCACAUCCCUUCUACUUCGAGCUACCUCCUCAUUGUCCCGCCUCUGUGACCCUGCAACCAGCUCCUGGAGAUACGGGCAAGCCAUGUGGGGUGGAUUAUGAGUUGAAGGCUUUCGUUGCUGACUCCCAGGACGAUAAACCACAUAAAAGAAAUUCAGUGCGGUUGGCAAUUAGAAAGAUAAUGUAUGCGCCGAGUAAGCAAGGCGAGCAGCCGUCCGUUGAGGUUUCCAAGGAAUUUAUGAUGAGCCCCAACAAAUUGUACCUAGAAGCUUCAUUAGACAAGGAGUUAUAUCACCACGGCGAGAAUAUAGCAGUGAACGUACACAUAGCGAACAACUCGAAUCGAUCGGUGAAACGGAUCAAGGUCUCUGUACGUCAAUUUGCGGACAUUUGUCUCUUCUCCACUGCGCAGUAUAAGUGCACUGUGGCCGAAGCCGAGAGCGAGCAACACAAGAUGCGCAUCGAAUUUCCAUUAAAUGGACUUUUCCGUAAGAAUAAGAAAUUUAAGUCUGUAGAGGGCUGUCCAGUGGGUCCAGGAUUUACGCUGAGCAAGGUUUUCACGUUGACUCCACUCCUGGCAAACAACAAGGAUAAAUGGGGUUUAGCGCUUGAUGGACAGUUAAAGCAUGAGGACACCAACCUUGCUUCCAGUACGCUAAUAGCGGAUCCCGCGCAGCGCGAAAAUCUCGGUAUUAUUGUACAGUACAAAGUAAAAGUUAAACUCUGCUUGGGGCCACUUGGAGGGGACCUUAGCGCAGAGCUACCCUUCAUCCUGAUGCAUCCGAAGCCCGAAGAGGAGCCUCCCCGUUUAGCUCCAGAUCCCACUCCGGCUGAUCAUGACCUUAUACAGCUUGAUCCUCAACCAAAUGAAAACGGCCAAGAUCAAGACGACGAUAUAAUUUUCGAAGACUUCGCUCGACUCAGGCUGAAAGGGGCAGAUGCCGAUGCCUGAACCUUAUACUAACUUUGCUCUCUUGUCUACAUUAUUUUACUUAUUUCACGCACAACUUAAGUGUUGUAUUAAAAUCCCCUUACUUAUAGAAUCCUCUGUUAUAUUGUUUAAAAUCUAAAAAAUGAAUUUCUUAUAAGUAAAGGGAUAUAAAAAACUUAAUGCAUUACUCUCUAUAGUCUAUGACAUUGUUUAAUUAUGAAAUUCUCGGUGAAUGUAAUCCUUAUCGCUUUGUCUUUAAGUAUUUUUUAAUGCAUAAUCAUUUAGUGUAGUAAUUAACUUGUUUAUAGAUAUAAAUUUGGUGUUCGAAUGUAAACAGAUAAUACAAAAAUAUGUUAUCUGUGCUAUGCCUAAAAUAAAAUGAAAUGCGUUUGAGUAUUUUAUUUGACAUGAAAUUUUACGCACUAUUUGUGGUUUUAUCGUCAUAGAGUUAAAAUAAUGUGGUAAGGGAGCAUUUUGUAUAAAUCAAGCAAAAGCUGUACAGUGUAAAGUCACAAUAUAUUAAUAUGAAGAUUUAUUUUUAACGGGGUGGACAUUAAAUUACCAAAAAUAUUUUAAUUCCGCACAUAGGUAUUAUAAUUUAGCUUUAUAACGAGUACAAUUUUAUUUGUUAAUUUUAAAUAUUGGCCAUUGUUUUUAUAUAGUUGUAGUAAUGUUUUGGUAAUGUGCAUUUAAUAGAUUAAAUUUACCUCAAUAUUUACUUUAUGUAUAGUUAAUAUGUAAUGAACAAAAUGGUUAUUCACGCUCAAAAUCUCGUUUAGAAACUAAAUCACACCAUAUACUGUUUUAUUUUUUUUUACCACAGAGACGAAUCAAUCACAGGAAUUUUGAAAAAGUAAACUCAAUUUCUAUGACAUCAUUAUGUAUAUAUAUCAUACAAAAGAACGGUUUUGAUGAAACUAUGAUUGUUCCUAAGUUAUUGCAACUAUUUACGUAAAUUUUAGUAGCCAAUAUCUUUUUAAACACAUCUUUAGUAUUCGUCUCUUUUUAUAUUGUGCUUAUAUGGUAAACCCGCGAUCACAGAUUAAUGAAAAUAGUAAAAUAAGAUUGAUUUAGUUUGUAAAUAAGAAGUAAGAUCACAUAAGUAUUCAUUGUGUUAGUUGAAAUCGCAAAGAACCGUUCAAAAAUCGCAACGAAACAGUCUUGUACAGUCACAAAUUAAUCCGUUUAAUUUCGAUGAUUUUUCAACAUUAAAAUAAGUGCACAAAUUUAAAGCAUUGUUUAAUUGUGUUGUUACCUUUGUAGUCAAUUACAUUUGCAAUGAAGUUUGUUGAACGAAAAAGUAUUUGAUUUAUGCACUUUGAAUUUUGGAUAAACGUUUUCAUAUUUAAUUCUCAUGCAAACUACAUAUUUUAUACAACCAUACACGAAAGUUAAAUGUAAAAUUUUAUUCUUUAUGGCAACCCCACGUCGUGGAAUUGCCAGAAGAAAAAUUGUGGAUUUCCUUUUCUGUAGUAAUAAUAAUAAUUUAUACUUAACGAUAGUUUAAAUAGUUAAAUGUGAAUUGAACUUAUGAUGUAAGUGAUAAAGAAACAUAUUAUUGUCAGUCUAUUGGUAUAAAUGUCGUAAAGAUAUACACACUAGUUACGAUUAUCUUGUUGCUCUGAAGUUGGUAUUUUGAAGCAGUCAAUUUGAAUUUGUAUGUGUUUUAAAUAUUUAUGAAUGUUGGAUAUAAGAACAGUGGUUAUCGCACUUUAUGUUUCUGUGAAACAUUACAUGUAGUCAUACUAUGAUUUUUUGGAUGGCAUUUUUUGGAUUUUUAGGAUGGCAGUGGAGGCAUGGAUUUUGCAAGAUU